AUGGCCCACUCUGUCUGUCCAGCACUCAACUACUCCUCCCUGAGCCUGCAGUGUACCUGGCCAGGGGGCCUGCCACCACCCUCCCUUCGAUGGAGCCCUGGCCUACUGGCCCCUGGACAGGAGGGGGUGGUCCUGGGGCAGGAAGGGGCAGGGCUGACCAAUAAAGCCACCGUGCUGCAGUCUGGAACUAACACCUUCAACAACUCCCUGUUCACCUGCCAAGGCUCCCACCCAGCCCUCAACAAAAGCACACAGUGCACCACGCGCACCUGGUCUCCCCCCGGUGCACCAGCAUGUUUCCUAAAUGCAACAGUUGACAACCAGCAGCUGAUGCUCUCCUGCUCCUGGGGGGGCGGAGCUCCCCGGGCUCUGCUCUGGUGGGAGGGGCCAGGGGGCCAGCAGCACGGAGGAGGGGAGGAGAACGCCAACAUUCUGGUUCUCCGCUCCUUCCUCACUCAGGGUGGGCAGGCCUACACCUGCCAUGGGAAACAUCCACUCCACCCGCUGCCCCAGGCCUGCACGCUGAAGCUGGUCCCGGUCACGAAGCCCUAUCUUUUGGUGAACAAUACAUCUCCGGCGGAAGGGUCUUCAGCCUGGCUGCGCUGCGGCUUAGAGAAUGGGACCUUACCUGUUUACUAUGAGUUUGAGCAAGAGACUCAAAAUGGAGUCAACAAAACCUUUGGCCAGGGAAACAGCAGCCUGGUCAACAUGACUGAGAUCAACCGCAACCACACAGGCUGGUACCGCUGUAUUGUCCGCAACAUGAUCAACCAGCAACAAUCUGACCGAAUCUGGUUAGACGUCACCUACGGUCCCGACAUCCCUCAGAUAGACGUGACUCCGUACAGCGUGACCGAGCGUGGCUACUCUGCCCUGGAGAGAGAGACGGUCUCCCUGCUCUGUCAGGCCCAGUCCAAUCCACCCAGCCAGUACGUCUGGUUCUACAACAACUCCCAGGUCUACACCGGACCCCAGUUCACCAUCACCAGGAUCCUGCCUACGCACACUGGCAUCUACGUCUGCCUGGCCCGGAACACCAACCUCAACACCAGCGCACAGAAGAUAAUCACUCUGACCGUCUACUACCCUCCUGAUGGUUCCCCUUCCUGCGUCGUGCAGCCAGCGCUCAACUACUCCUCCCUGAGCCUGCAGUGUACCUGGCCAGGGGGCCUGCCACCACCCUCCCUUCGAUGGAGCCCUGGCCUACUGGCCCUUGGACAGGAAGGGGCGGUCUUGGGGCAGGAAGGGGCAGGGCUGACCAAUAACGCCACCGUGCUGCAGUCUGGAACUAACACCUUCAACAACUCCCUGUUCACCUGCCAAGGUUCCCACCCAGCCCUAAACCAAAGCACACAGUGCACCACGCGCACCUGGUCUCCCCCCGGUGCACCAGCAUGUUUCCUAAAUGCAACAGUUGACAACCAGCAGCUGAUGCUCUCCUGCUCCUGGGGGGGCGGAGCUCCCCGGGCUCUGCUCUGGUGGGAGGGGCCAGGGGGCCAGCAGCACGGAGGAGGGGAGGAGAACGCCAACAUUCUGGUUCUCCGCUCCUUCCUCACUCAGGGUGGGCAGGCCUACACCUGCCAUGGGAAACAUCCACUCCACCCACUGCCCCAGGCCUGCACGCUGAAGCUGGUCCCAGUCACAAAGCCCUCUAUUUGGGUGAGCGACGCAUCUCCAGUAGAAGGGUCUUCCAUUGGGUUGCGCUGCGGCUUAGCGAAUGGGACCUUACCUAUUUACUAUGAGUUUGAGCAAGAGACUCAAAAUGGAGUCAUCAAAACCUUUGGCCAGGCAAACAGCAGCCUGGUCAACAUGACUGAGAUCAACCGCAACCACACAGGCUGGUACCGCUGUAGUGUCCGCAACACGAUCAACCAGCAACGAUCAGACCAAAUCUGGUUAGACGUCAUUUACGGUCCCGACAUCCCUCAGAUCGACGUGACUCCGUACAGCGUGACUGAGCGUGGCUACUCUGCCCUGGAGAGAGAGACGGUCUCCCUGCUCUGUCAGGCCCAGUCCAACCCACCCAGCCAGUACGUCUGGUUCUAUAACAACUCCCAGGUCUACACCGGACCCCAGUUCACCAUCACCAGGAUCCUGCGCACGCACACCGGCAUUUACACCUGCCUGGCCCUGAACACCAACCUCAAUACCCGCGUGCGGAAGACAAUGACCCUGACUGUCUACUACCCUCCUGAUGGUUCCCCUUCCUGCAUCGUGCAGCCAGCACUCAACUACUCCUCCCUGAGCCUGCAGUGUACCUGGCCAGGGGGCCUGCCACCACCCUCCCUUCGAUGGAGCCCUGGCCUACUGGCCCCUGGACAGGAAGGGGCGGUCCUGGGGCAGGAAGUGGCAGGGCUGACCAAUAACGCCACCGUGCUGCAGUCUGGAGCUAACACCUUCAACAACUCCCUGUUCACCUGCCAAGGCUCCCACCCAGCCCUCGACCAAAGCACACAGUGCACUUCACGCACCUGGUCUCCCUCCGGUGCACCAGUGUGUUUUGCAUACGCGACACGUGACAACCAGCAGCUGAUGCUCUCCUGCUCCUGGGGGGGCGGAGCUCCCCGGGCUCUGCUCUGGUGGGAGGGGCCAGGGGGCCAGCAGCACGGAGGAGGGGAGGAGAACGCCAACAUUCUGGUUCUCCGCUCUGGCUCCGCCCAGAGUGGGCAGGCCUACACCUGCCGUGGGAAACAUCCACUCCACCCCCUGCCCCAGCCCUGCACCCUGAAGCUGGAAGCUCCAGUGUUGCUGACCCAGAGGAGCAUGGUGUCUGUGUAUGAGGGCAGUGACGUCGAGCUCAGCUGCAUCCUGACGGCCAACUACCCUCCAGCCGGUGACAUCACCUGGUUCAACAACCGUAGACAGGAAGUGCGAAGUGUUCCUCAAAAGUACCUGCUGCAGCGGGAGGCAGCCUGGGCCAAUCUGACGGUGCGGGAGACCGACGGUAUCCAAGACAGCGGCCAAUACUGGUGUUCCGCUUCCAAUGCCGUGGGAGGGGCCGAGAUCCCGAUCACCCUAUUGGUCAAGAGGUACCCCAUGCCUCCGAACGUGACCCUGGUCAGACUGGUGUACAGCACUCACCAGCGCAGCGAGGUGCAGAUUGAGUGGCGAUUGGAGGGAGACGGAGAGGGCGACGACGAGGUAGCGGGAGACGGAGGGCUCACCAGCUUCACGCUGGAGCGCUGGCGUGUGGGCGGGGAGACGGUGCCUCCGGGGAGGAAGAGGAGCGGAGAGGAGGAGGAGGAGGAGGAGGAGGAGGAGAGAGGGGAGGGAAGGAGCAGUUCUCCCUCCUGGCUGCAGGUGGGGGAGCAGGGGCCAGAUGUGCGAUAUCACACCCUGGGCAACCUCAUUCCCACCCUCACCUACCAGUUCCGCGUCACAGCUGUCAAUCACCGCACUGUGGGACAUCCUUCCCUAGCAAAGACCCCAGCGGCCCCGCCCUUCAACGCGUAUCCUGCUGUGAUUGGAGCAGCCAUCGGGGGGAUGAUCCUCGCCGCCAUUGCCACGGUGCUACUGUUCAUCUUCAUCAUUCGCAACCGCAAUAACAGCCCCCGACUACAUGACAUGCUGUUCGGCAUGCAGCACAGCCAGUCCAGAGAGAACAUCAACUUUCCUGAAGAUGAUGUCGUGGCGAGAGCUGAAAGAGAGGGAGUUGGACCAGAUCCAGUCAUGGCCUCCCCCAGAGCCCAGGGUCCCACAGAGACUCCUCCCCCAUCAGCACCUACCCUAUCACAGGCCAAGCCCCUCUCCCCAGAGAUGACAAACCUGUCAACGUAACCAUCUCUGCUAUGUUAAACACAUAUGUUCCAAACACACACCUGCUUUGGAAGGGUUUAAAAUGACCUAACAUGUCACUUAUGCCGUUUGAUUUAAAGUCAGUUUGUUACUCAUGGAAGCCCCGAAUCUGUAUCCCAAUCUGUCCAUAUUUGUAUCCUUGAUUACUUUCUUUCACAGGUUAAUAUAAAAAUGAAUAAAGGUUUUGCUA